AUGCUCGCGAGCUCGUGGUGGAUGGUCAUGGUCAAAUAUUUGUCCUAUUGCGCUCAAGUAACAAAUCUGGUCGUAAACGCUGGACUUCACAUUUCGCUCUCCUCAGGAUGGCGAAAGAGCCUGCCCCAGAACCUGUACUCUGGUUGUUUAUUCGAAGCGUAUGCGCAGUUCUCACUUUGUGAUUAUGAAAAGAGUAGAAUGCCAUUGAUGGUCGUCCGAUCGCUUGCCCUGGAGGAAUCACCGCAGGCAGAUCCAGUCAGCGAAGGACACUAUAGCUUCCGGUCCUAUGUUCUCCAGCACUCCACUGCCACCUUCUCAGUGGUCAUUGAUCAAUGCUUGCAAGUCCGCUACGGUUCUUCUCAAGGCAUUGCAGAUCAGCCAAAUCGAUGCAUAAUGAAACGCCACGUCUCAAUUCUACAAUUAGUCAUCCUAAGCGAACGUUGGACUCUGAACGUUGAAGGUCUGAACCCUAAAGCGUGCAGCUCCCCCGGCUCCAAAUCUUGCAAGUUAUCGGAAACUCACGCGCUGAGAUGCAGAGAAGUAAUUUGA